UAGCCGAUCAUGAAUAUCAUAAUUAGGAUAUUUCAUUUUUUUAUUAUUGUGUUUGUCUUCUCAUUGCACUUCUUACACCUAAAUGCGGUACAAGAUUACGACUGCGCUGAUAAAGACGUAUGCAUAACCGGGUUUGAUGAAUCAAAAGCCAGGUUUGAGAACAAUAGCAUAAUAUACAGCUACAGUGGUAAGGAGAAACUCAAACUUACCUGUCAUGUAACAAAACAUAAAUUGCUAAGUAGCUGUUUGUACGAUGACAGUGAAGUAGUCAAUACGCGAUGGAUGAAAGGUCAAGCCUCCGUCAGCAAUGAGAUAACUGGUGACAUUCUUACAAUAGAUAUUGAUUUACCUUUAGACGGUAAUGUGACCGAUUUCAAAUGUGAGUCGUUUGCAGCAUUAUAUCCUUGUAAAAGCACAGCGUAUAUUACAUUUUUGUAUGUGCCGGAAGUUCGGAGAUUAACUGAAACGCAAAAAGAAAAUUUUAAUGUAAGACAAAAUGAAAGCCAUACUGAAGCGCACAAUGGAACUGUUCAAGAAACCCACACUGAAAGACAGAAUAAUGUUACUGACAAUGAUACACAAAAUAAGUUUCAAAAUUUAACGUACAAUGGAAGACAAAAUAAGACUCAAAGUGUAACUAACAAUGAGACACAAAAUAAGACUCAUAAUGUAACUUACAAUGAGACACAAAAUACGACUAUUAAUGAGACACAAACUGAGAUUCUUAUUGAAAAACAUAGUGGAAUUCAAAAUGAAACACAAAACCAAAAACUAGAUGAAGGAAUGUCUAAUAACUGGAUUAUAAUACCCGUUGCGAUUUUCAUUACUAUUUCAAUAGUGAUAUCAAUAUACACACUAUUAAGAAAUAAAAAGGUCAAUGGAUUCCAAGACCUUAUUGUAUCUAAAGAAAACUCGGAGUACGGCAAUGAUGAGGACAAAGAGGAAUCAGAAGUAAAAAACGUACCGAGCAUAAACGCAGUUGAUCCUAAUAGUGUUUACGACUAUUGUGAACGCCUUCCCAUGCCGAGCUUCACAAAAUCGCCCAUAAUUAUCGGAUGUAUUAAUAGUGUAAACCUAAGUAACGAGCAAUUAAAAGAAGAUAAUAUUUAUUACAAUACAACAGCACGUUGCGAUAAAACUACGGUAUAUUACAACACGUAAGAUAUAUUUUAACAACAUUACU